UCAUAUUCUUCUUCCUGAACACCGUAGUUUGUUCUAGCUAAAUGUAGCGGUGGUCGAUGAAUAUAAAGUGUUGUAUAAAAGGUAGCUAGCAAGUUCUCGGCGUGAGGAUUUAAUUCUGGUUUGCUGGAUGGAAGGAGCGGAAGAGCUCGCACGACGCCCAUCUACAUCCACCGAGAAGGACAGCAGCCUGGCCGAACUGGUGAGACCUCCCAGGCCGAAGGGGAGGCAGGGCAGGUCGCCCAGGAGACGCCGCGACGCCAAAAGGCGCCUCGAUGAUCAGGGGCGGCAGCCCUGCGGGAUGGAGAGACGGCGGUUACCGGGGCAACCGGAAAACGCCGAACCUCCAGCAUCCACAGCCGAGACAGCUGGCACCUCUCCGAAGAGAUGGGAUAGAUGCAGGCGGGCACACUUUCUUCAUGGACCAUACCCAGCUACACAUUUUGGACCUAAAGCUUGCAUUCUUCCCAACCCCACUUCCGUCAUGCAUAUCCAGGACCCUGCUAGCCAGCGUCUUACCUGGAAUAAGCCUCCAGAACAUGUCCUGGUCAUCAGGAAGAUUCGCGACAAGAACCUGUUGGAACCGUUCAAAGAGCUGUGCAAGUUCCUGAUUGAGGAGAAACAGCUGGUGGUCUACGUCGAGAAGAAGGUGGCAGACGACGCGACCCUGUCUCAGGACGAGACCUUCGGCGCCAUCGGAAACCAGCUGUGUAUCUUCAGAGAAGGCUAUGAUGACAUUUCGGACUGUAUAGACCUGAUCAUCUGCCUGGGAGGGGACGGCACCUUGCUGUAUGCAUCCUCUCUGUUCCAGGGCAGUGUCCCCCCCGUCAUGGCUUUCCAUCUGGGCUCCCUGGGUUUCCUCAUGCCGUUCAGGUUCGAGUCCUACAAGACGGAGGUGGCCAAGGUAUUUGAAGGGAAUGCAGCCAUCACCCUGCGCAGCCGUCUGAAAGUGAAGGUGGUGAAGGGCACAUCUCAGAAGAUGCUUCAGUCCUACAUGGCGGAGAACGGCACCUCGUCCUCUAAGGGGAACCCCCGUGCUGGAGAGGACAGUGACGCCGGAAAGGUCACCCUGCAGCUGCAGGUUCUGAAUGAGGUUGUGGUGGACAGAGGUCCCUCUUCCUACCUCUCCAACGUGGACCUGUAUCUCGACGGCAGGCUGAUCACCUCAGUGCAGGGAGAUGGUGUGAUCGUGUCCACGCCCACCGGCAGCACCGCCUACGCCGCAGCGGCCGGCGCCUCCAUGAUCCACCCCAACGUACCCGCUAUCAUGGUGACACCCAUCUGCCCACACUCACUGUCCUUCCGGCCCAUCGUGGUACCUGCUGGCGUGGAACUCAUGAUAACUUUGUCCCCAGAUGCCCGAAACACAGUCUGGGUUUCCUUUGAUGGCAGGAAGAGACAGGAAAUCCGGCAUGGAAAUAGCAUUAAGAUAACAACGUCCUGCUAUCCCGUUCCGUCGAUCUGCUGCCACGAUCUGGUGUACGACUGGUUCGAGAGCCUGGCCGAGUGUCUGCACUGGAACGUCCGCAAGAAGCAAGCCCAGCUGAUCGACGUCACGGAUGACUCCGAUACAGAGAACUGAGCCCCGCCCCCACUCCAACACUAGCUUGCCUGCCUAGCCAUCUACCGAGAACAAAAAGGUACCAGAUCAGCUUGUUGGUGAGUGUUACCUCAAUCUCGUAACGGUCCAAGUGAGGCCGACUGAGCAGGACCAUUGCGGUCACUUUCAAAGUGUUGUUCCCAGGGUUCAUUGCCGUUAAAAUUUAAACCCAAAACAAAAACUGUUCAUGGCUACAAUAAACAUGUGCGUGUAAAUAAUAAAGAUGAGAUGUUUACACCGA